AUGUCUUUUGCCGAUUAUGGUUACAACGUUUUUCCAUUCAACUCGCAAGAGGACGAAGAUGUUUUGGAAAUCUGCGGGGACUGUGUUUUGCCGAAAAAUAUAUUCGAAGGCGAUUCAGGAAAAUCCUGUUAUCACGUGAUAAUCGAGCAUCUCAUCGAUCUUGGCUCUUACACUGAAAAUGAGCUCGCAGCCGCCAGAAAGGAGUUAGAAAAGUUUAAAACUUUAAGGCUUACUUGGGAGCAGAUUGAGCAGCUUAAAAAUUUUGGAUUGGAUUUCAAUCAAAACGAGGACAUAGGUUGUAGUCGAGCUUUGAUCACAAUAAACUUGAAUGACAGUUCGUGCAAUGAGAAUAGCAAUCAGGCGAGAAACGUGAGUCAAUUUUCCAGUGCAACCAAGCGAAUAAUUCUUUCAAAUUCCCUAUUAAAUCAGGCUACAGGCAUCUCAUUAUUCUGCAAGAAUUCCGAUCUCAAUUGCCGUAGCAAAGUCAUUGACGAGGAAUCAUUCCGCGCGACGAUCAUUCAAAAAGACUCGGAAAUCAUCUCUCUAAAGAACGAAAAUGCCGCGAAAGAGAUGGAGUUACGCGAACUCGAGGAGCAGAAUAAAGACUUGGAGCUGAUAAAAGAUAAGUUGAAGGACGAGAUCGAUUUGUUGGAAAGCAGUUCGAGAAUAUCGCAGUCGCAAAUCGAGCGUAUCGUCAAGCAGAAGAACAAAGAGAUCCAGAUAUCGCGGGAGAGCAGCGAGAGGUUGGGCCAAGAGUUACAGGAGGAGCGUAAAGCGAGGAUACACGUCGAAAGGAAGAUCGAGAAGUUACAGAAGGAGCUGCAAGAGGCGCACAGUCUUCGCAAAAAUUUGUCGGAUGAGUUGAACACGAUGAAGCGCCGAGUUCAAAUGCUGGAAUGUUCAAAUGCGACGAACCUGGCGAGAAUGAAGCAGUUACAGAUCGACCGCGACAGUCUCUACCAGGAAAAUUGCGAGAACGUGGACGAAACUGAGAAACUGCUCGACAUCAUCGAGGGGACGGACGAGAAAUAUCGCACGCUCAAAGUAUCCCUGAGCGUCCGCGAGCAGAAGCUCGGCGAGUGUCGCAACCAACUGGAAACGAUGCAGCGCGAGGUAGGCAAACUCAUCGGUGAUUUGGUCGGUUGUCUCGGCGCUGAAAUCGAGGAAGAUACGGAAGAUGUUUACGCGAGAGCAAGAGAGCUCACCCGGGGACUCAUCGAUGUUGUGAAGGAGCACGAACAAUGUUGGGAGCAGAGGGUCAGUUUGAUCAAGGAGAUCGAUCGGCAUAAGGCUAUAAAUCAGGAUCGCGAUACUGUUGGUACGACGGAGAUCGAAAGUGCAAAUCGCGAACUUGCAAGGCUAAAGCGCGCCGUGACGAGCUUGGACGACUCGAAAGUUGCGCUGAAGAAAAUCGGAAGUGACGUGAUCGUUCGAAUGGACAGUCGGAGAUUCAAGAGAACCGAGCAAGCUUGCCAGAAGCUUGCCAGCGAAGCUUCGCAGGCUCUUCAGAAGCUGGAUCAGACUAUCAGCGAGCACGAGGUUUACAGGAAGUGCGAGAGCUUCUUGUUACUGGAAUUGGAGAAUUUGCAAGAGGCUCUGAACGGCGCGGAGAGGACUAUUAGUGGUACGAGCGAGUCUUUUUCUCUAACACGCUUAGAGAAAACAAAGAGCGGAAAUAAUUCGAUCGUCGAGAGCGUUUUGUCGAAACAGCUUGUGCAAAGGGUGCAGACUUCCAAGCAAAUCGUCGUGAGAAUUACGUCCGCUUUACGCGAGGAUUCGAUUUCGAAGACGACGUACAACAAGAAGCUGGAGGAGCAAUUGCAACAAGCUCUCGCGGCAGUCAACGAGGUAGGCGUUGAAAAGUGUCAGCUGGAGAACGAGUGCAACGAGUGCAGGAAUCGAUGCAGGGAGCUCGAUGCCAAAGUUGAGAAAUUGCAGGCGGAAUUGACGGAGAAAUCCAAAGAUUGCCGGUCUGUAAGAGAAAAGAUGCAAGCCAGAUUGGAUCACUUCCGCAAAGAGAACGACGCCCUAAGCAAACGGCUAACGCUGACCGAGCGCCUUUACCAAGACAGUCGCUCGGAGAACGCGGCACUGCACAAGGAAGCCCAGAAUCACGAGCUCAAACUGCAGGAGUACAGCAAGAUGAACGACUAUCUAAACAGCAAAGUCGAGGAAGUGACAGCGAUGCUCGCGCAGCAAGAGCGAGCAUUCGUUCAAGAGACGAUGCGGAGCGUGGAUCUCGACGGCUUCGGUUCGCGAUACGACACGAUUAUCGAGCUCCAGCGCGAGAAAGAGGAGCUAUGGAAGAAGCUCGCGAUCAAGGAGUCGCAAUUGGCCAACCAGUCGACGUGUAACGAGAAGCUGCAGAUGAGUUUGAGCAAGAUACACGAGGAGAACAAGUUUCUGGAGAAGGUUAUCGAGAGCUUGAAGAGGGACAACGAGAGGAUGGAACAAGGCGCGAUCAACGGGGAGAGGAUCAAUCUCGUCGUCAAGUGCGACAAAUUGCUCGACAAAAUCGAGAGUAUUAAUAAGCUCGCCAAACCCUGUCAGAAGACGAGUUCGACCAGCUACACUGACACGGCUGUCCGGGGAUUCGAGAAGGAGAUCAAGAGUUACAAGGAGAAACUGCGUUACCAGGAGAAGGAAUUGCUGAUGAAGGAGAAGGAAAUCGUCGACCAGAACCAAAAAAUCGAGCAGCUGCAGAAGGCCAGGGACGAGAUCUCGCCGCUCCGAAAGCGGCUCGAAGCCUUGACUCGCGAGAAGUGUCAGAUCGAAGACGAGCUCAAACAAAUGCAAAUCAAGUACGAGGACAAGCUCGCCAAGAUGUACAAGCAGUACGAACAUUCCAAGCUCGAGCUGCUCAAGAGGCACAACGAAAGUAUAAAGCAACUCGAAGACAAAUACGCCGAGAUGGCGCGCGAAGAGGAGAUCGGUUCUCAAACUUGGCUGCAGACGCUGAGCGCGAGCGAGAUGCAGACGCUGCACGACAAAAUUUGCAAGAGCCAAGCGUGCCCGAGCAUCCCGUUCGAGCGCGAUCACCACGAGGAGCAGAGGAAGGCGACGCUGUCGAGCAAAGCUUCGGUCUCGAGUUACGGCAGCAAGCGUCCGCUUCCAGCUAAGAAAGAUUGGCUGGUUAUUAAUUGGAUACUUGAAGAAUUGGAUCAAAACAGUUCGGUAUUCGAGGCGUGA